AUGGCUGUCACUAGACUGAAGAAGAUCACCUUUGACGAGGACGGCAAUAGUCCCGACGUCGCAAUUGUUGAGACCAAAACGGUCCAUGAAGUUGAAUCGGAGCUGGACUCAGAUGAUGAAGCCCCGGAGGAAGAGUCGGUGAACACGGCUAAGAAGCAGGUAAUGAGUAAGGAGCAGGAGCAAAGACAAGCAGCUCUGGAGCUCAAACGCAAAGAGAAGGAGAAGAGAAAAGCCAUAGAUCUCAGAAACCAGGAGCAGAAACAACUAAAGCGGGACGUUGCGCCCGUCAAGGAAGAUGAGGAGGAAUUACCUGAAUUAUUGGAUGACGAUAUCUUGAACGCGUUCAACGAUGAGUCGGACGAAGACGAGCCUUCACUGGUACAAAACACCCAUAUCCGGUUGGAUGAGGUCUCAGAGGAGGAGUUGCAGCGGCAAGCUAAGUUGGCCAAGCUUGAGGCGCUCAAGCAAUCACGUGGCGCCACCAUUAAGCGGGGGCCGGUAUACGUUGCGGUGAACCAUCGCAGCCGGCACAAGCUUGCUCCUAAACGGGAUGCAGUGAUGGCGUCGAAGGACCAAUGGCUCAAUCGGAAAGCGUUGAACAAAAAGUGA